AUGGGGGAUGGUCACCGUUGCCCCGGCAACGCCAGCGCCAGGUCAGCCUCUCUUGGGAGAGCUGGCAGCAAGAGUCGGCUUAUGCCCCUUUCCCGAGGGUUUUCAGAAAAGGAUGCAGAUGAAGUAAAAGGAAUUUUUGUUGAUACUAACCUGUACUUUCUGGCUUUGACAUUCUUCGUGGCAGCAUUCCAUCUUCUCUUUGAUUUCCUUGCAUUCAAAAAUGACAUCAGUUUUUGGAAGAAAAAGAGGAGCAUGAUUGGGAUGUCUACAAAAGCAGUGCUUUGGCGGUGCUUUAGUACUGUGGUAAUAUUUCUUUUCCUUUUGGAUGAACAAACAAGUUUAUUGGUCCUGAUCCCAGCAGGCAUUGGUGCAGUGAUUGAGCUCUGGAAAGUAAAGAAAGCUUUGAAAAUGACAAUCAAGUGGCAAGGCUUGAGACCCAAAAUUCAGUUUGGAACAUACAAUGACUCUGAAAAGAAAACUGAGGAGUAUGAUACCCAGGCUAUGAAAUACUUGUCAUAUUUGCUCUAUCCACUGUGUAUUGGAGGUGCAGGUUAUUCCUUGCUGAAUGUCAAAUAUAAAAGCUGGUACUCCUGGUUGAUUAACAGUUUUGUCAAUGGAGUAUAUGCAUUUGGAUUCCUGUUUAUGCUACCCCAGCUGUUUGUAAACUACAAGAUGAAAUCUGUUGCACACUUGCCAUGGAAGGCUUUUACAUACAAAGCAUUCAACACCUUUAUUGAUGAUGUAUUUGCUUUUAUAAUCACUAUGCCAACAUCUCAUAGGCUGGCGUGCUUUAGAGAUGAUGUCGUGUUCCUGGUCUAUCUUUACCAAAGAUGGCUUUAUCCUGUGGAUAAGAGCAGAGUGAAUGAGUACGGGGAAUCUUACGAAGAAAAGCCAAAAAAAAAAAGCUCAUAGAGAAUAACUAAGAAUUGAAGAAAAUUCUGACCCCUGGACUCUGACUGGCUUCAUGUAUUAUCUGGUCUUAAGGAAGGAAAAACUUAUUUAAUAAGAGUAUUUUUAAAGCUUAUGAAAGAACUACACGGACAAUACAUCUUCUAUAUUGCCAAAAUCUAGUUUUGAUAUCCUCCUAUUUCAGGAUCCUCUUUUGUCCUCACAAGGUCCACAGUCUGCCAGAUGUCAUUAAAUAAACUUCCUGCAUUUAAACUUCUCUUUGGUGAAAACUUAAGUCUCCUGACCAUUGUAAUUAUCUCCAAAUCUACGUUUUUAAGUCAACUCAAUAACUGGAAGUGUGGUUCCGGUGUCACUAGGCUAUGACACGUGAAAAAGCAAGCCAGUGUGUUACAGCAGAAUCGAGCAUUAUAACCAAACUGGAGGCUGUCAAAAAUGAAUUGUAUAAUAUUGGA